GCAAAAUCACAGUUCCCACGACGGACCGCGCUACUAACUUACCGAUUAUCAAUCUUACUACACAUCAUUCAUAGAUAUCGUCUCCUUCUCGAGACUUACUUUCGAUAUCAGAAGAUCAAUUAUCAUCUUCUUGCUUGAUGUCAAUUUCGAUAUGAAAAAGAUGAAGCAGAGACGACUGCGGCUGGGCUGUUGGGUGCUCCUCGGAGCAUCUUCGCAGGUAGAGCAAGCAGUUAGUAGCCGAACUGCAAGAACAGGCAGUGGGCGAGGGAAAAAGUUAAGGCAGCGACUUCUGAGAAAGCAUCGUCGCCCUUCAGUAGAUCUUGAUGCUGGAGUGGGUACAUUCAUUCAUUCAUUCAUUCAUUCAUCCUUGGCCUCUUCUUUUUCAAGGGGACGAAAAAAUGCUUUAAAUCCAAGGAUCAUAUGUAUGACUCUCGUCAAGGAAGAUGCGACGCGGUGGCUCUAAUGAAGGAAACAUCUUCAAGGCAGUCUUCAUCGUCGUUACAUGAAGAUGAGCAACGAGAGUUGGACGCUGAGGAGGAGAGAACAGAAGGGGUCGAGGUGCGCACAGACGGAAGCAUGGCCAAAAACAACGAAAGAAUACCUUCCGGAGAGAGCGAGGAUGAAAGGGAUGCGUCUAUUACAGUGGUAUCUUCAUCGAGCACAUCUUCAUCUAGCUCACGCUCACGGUCAAAAAAGACUAGUAGAGGAGACUCGGAACAAACUAGAAGAUCGCUCAGCGCAACGGAUAGCUCCUUUCGACAAGGAAAAGCCAAUGUCGAGUUUCCGACAUACGGGGGAUGCGCAUAUGAUGCAGCUAAUUCGGACUCUCCGGCAAAGAAAAUCAGUCUUAUGGCAUUUAAGCGUUACUUUCUGGAGGACAGGGAAGAAGUGCAUCCUUAACAGACUCAUAGGAAUGAUCUGGUGUCUGGAUGACUAGAAGUGCAUCCUUGUUAACAGGCUCAUGGCCGUUGUGCUUCAGGCUUCUCGCAGGGUAAUUAUGCGCCCGUAUCGCGAGAAAUAUAGACCCAGGCCCCAAAGAAAAAAAAACUCAUAGGAAUGAUCUGGUGUCGGAAUGACUAGAAGUUGUACUUAUAAAGAUGACUAGAUCAAGUUGUAUAGUCUAGAGAUGACAUCAUGAAGAACAACACUGCUUCUCUAAUGUUUGCGCUGACGACAGCGCGACCAAUGUAACCACCUUUUCCUAUGGGGCCGACGCUGGCGCGACGUGUACCGCUGGAGACAAACCAAAGACGCCUGCUGCAUGCCUAGUAGACAGUGCCGCAUCCCCAGCCGCAUUGACAAAAUGCAAGCUGAAUGGUAUUUUUACUAGCUCUGGAGGUUUUUUACGUGAGUACUACUUACUUCUAUUUGCUGUUGUUCCACCUAGGUAGUACAACUCCUCCUGUCACCACUCUAGCUCGAGCAACAGAAUUCCACCAUCUUCAGGAACAAGGUACUGUGAACCAUCACAACUCUUCACCUCCUACCAAAAAUCAGAUCACCAGGGAUCGAUCCACCAGUUUUGCAAGCGGGCCUCCUGCAAGUCAGACGCGGAUGCUACAGUGUCAGACGUGACAGAAUGUCUUGAUGUAGUGACCCCUUGUUAUUAUGGCCAUAGUGGUACCAUACUACAAGUAAGCCACGAUACUUAUGUCGGACUGCAACAACUACCUCCUCUAAUCCAACGAUAAAUGUGUCGAAGCCUACACUACCUGUACCACUUUGAAGGGGACCGACGCAGCCGAAGUUCCCUACAUUAUGAUGAAAAAUAACCUUCCUUUCGAGGUAGGUACCACGACACUAUCAAGGAAGAGUCCAGUCGUCGAAAUCCACCAGACGGUUGAAGUUUCUAUUCAUUUACUGUCUUUCAUCACUGACACUUUGUUUCCUAUUGUUUAGCGAACUUAAUACAUAGUACUAGUCCAUGGGGAAAGAAGGAGAAGAUCAGUAAUGUACGCUGAUAUAUAAGGAAAAGCGCUAAUCUCGAGACGUUCGAUUCGAGUUUGUUUAAGUGCACAGCAGGCAACACAGAUUUUUAAGGCAAUGAAAUUGGAAACCAAGCAAAGACUCAAUGGAUGAAUGGGAUACUCAAUCUAGACGUCGUUUCUCCGAAUAAUUAGAAAUGCCCUAAGGAAGACCUGACAGAGCAACAGGAGGAAAAUACAACACGUUUGAUGAAUGCAUAAGAGACAAGUGGCUGAAUCACGACGGAUGCCCCAUAGGGGGCACUCGCGCGGGAGCAGCGGCUGCAGUGAGCUUGGAAUUACGGCACAGGAGAUGUGAAGUAGUUCUUGUGUCACUCUUCUCUAUAAUUAGUUGUUCCCUUCUCGAAAUGAAGGACCUUCACCCGGAUGACUCCACGUAGUACGCAGGGUCAGGGGAGUACUUAGUACUUUAGAAGAAGUAGAUGAUGCUAGUAUUCGAAAAUCAUGUGAUUAUGAAAACGAAAAUCAUCGCCAAGAAGCUUUGUCAAGUUUGCAGUGGUAGACUAAUGCCAAGUUUGCAUCGCCUAAUGUCAAGUUUUGCAGUGGUAGACUCCUUUGCCACAGGGUCACCGAUAUGCGUUGGUGGGGAAGAGGAGGUGCCAGCGUCAGGAAUCUGGACUGUGGACACACUUUGCGCAUACACCGCGAAACCGAAAAAGGACGCUGCGGAAUUAGAUGGCCAGAAAACUAAAUGCGUUAACUACUUUCAACACUGCCUCAUUUACGGAAUAGUGUUAGAUUGGGAAAAUAGUGUUUGUAGUGUCUAAGGUGUCGAAGGAGGAGAUCAUUUACAUCUCGUUCUCGUAAUCGCUACUACGAGGUGCGAAUAAUGAUCUCGUUGUCUUUAGAUUUCAAUCUUUGGACCCCUAUCUGCGUACCUUUCUCCCCACAAUGCUUUCUCCACACAGGAAUUUGAGUUUUACGUACCUAGAUUUCCUGCUCUCAUGCUGGUGUCGUCUUACCAACGUGAAUGUAACUAUUUAAUUCGUGACUAUAGAAGUAUGUGGUGGGAAGAAUAAAUCGUGGUCCCAGUUUACUAGCUGACUAACCACUAAUCUCCAUGACGCCAUUCAUCUUUAGAUUUCAGUCUACGACGUCUAAACUCUGCAACAAUCUUUGGAGUUGGACCCCUAUCUGCAUACCUUUUCUAACCAAUGCCAGACGUGCUGGCGCUCUCAGUGACUACCGCCGCGGCCAGUGGCCUGACGAUGACCGACAGUAGAGAUGAUGCCACGAAGACGAGUCGCGUUCCGAAUACAAACUUAUGGUGCUCCUGAUAGUAUUUUGCCAGCUGAACACGCUGAUAUACAGUUUAUUCUCUAUCUUCUUUCAUCUUCCGUAACCGUACAUUUCCCAGAGUAACAUAAACCUAUGAUGAUACCCGGCAUCAUCAAUCCCUCAUACUUCCUCUCUUCAUCUUCCGUCCAUUUCGCAGAGUUCGGUAUGCAUUUCUUUCCAGUACGCGAGUGUGAGGCUAAGAGGCACGUCGACGCAGAUGCUAGCUUACAACCUACCUGCGCGACGGCUAAGACCGAGUGGCCAUCGGUUUCUAACACGCGAUUGGUCAACCACAUCACGAAAGCUUGCGACAGGGCUAAUUGUACUACAAAUUAAAUUGGCUACUUGUGCUACAUCAACUUGCAUUUAGACUUUUACUACGUAGGACACUACAAGUAAAAAGUUAUAAGAAUAGCUUAGUACUACACUAGUACUAGUUCUAGUUCUCCAUUUCCAGAAGUUACAGAAGUACUGCUACUGGUUUUGAACAAGACGGGUGUCAAAUUUACAAGUGCUUGUUUCUACACUAGUAGCUGAAUUUGUAGUGCUACAAAGCAGCUUAAACCUCACUUUGUAGAUGUGCGGGAUUGGUGUACGAUGCUUCUGGGAAAUACGGCGCUCGCGGGAGCAAGUGCAGGAGACGCAUCGAAGUUGGAAAAGCAGCGAGGAUGUUUGACGCGUUGUGAAGGUCUUGCGGCUAGCUGUUUCGCAGAACUACCAGACAAACCCUUUCCGUCUGCUAUAAAAAGUACCAUAUCUACUUGAUUUGGUUUUGAAAAAUUUUGAAAAAUGCUAAAGCUGAAGGUAGUCAGUAAGUCAGCACGAAAGAUCCAGCCAUGGGUAUGGGGUGUAGCUGUCAGAGGCUUUAAUAGCAGCCUACUGACUAAUUCUUUUUCUUUACCCACCCCCCCGCUGUCCCCUUCUUGCUGUCUAUAUUUCUCUUGCUAGAAGGUGUUACUCUCUCAAGUUGUAGGGUGAUAGACUUAAUUCGAGAUGUGGCCUUUCGUGUGCUUGCUGAAGAUAGGAAUACCCUGUCACAACUGAUACCUAACAAUGAUCUUCCUUUUCUCAUUCAGCAGAGUUCUCACAACUUAUACCUAAUAAUGAUCUUCCUCUUCUCAUUCAGAACAGUCUGCCCUGAAUGCUCUUCUUCUUCUUCUCACUCACUCACUCACUCACUCACUGCGUCACCCACUCACUCACUCACUCACUCACUCACUCACUGAGUCACUCACUCACUCACUCACUGAGUCACUCACUGAGUCACUCACUCACUGAGUCACUCACUCACUGAGUCACUCACUCACUGAGUCACUCACUCACUGAGUCACUCACUCACUGAGUCACUCACUCACUCACUCACUAAAACCACUGAAAUAACCAGUUGCCCAGCCUGAUGGUAUUGACGAAACUGGUUGUAAGAAAAAAUGGUCCGCCUUUGAGGAACAGUGUGCAAGUGGUUGGGACAGUCCGACUUACGGCUAAGCACUUUAACGAGGACCGUUAAUAUCAAGUCUACCUCUUUACAGUUUUGGUUUUAUCUUCAAGUCCAUCUUGAGGAGUAGGAGCUGCUUCUACAUUGAAGUAUAAGAAAGUAGUUUAACUUGUGUACCAUUUUGGAGGUGAGCAACUCAUAUUCAAGACCAGCAAGACGGGAAUUAUGAAGCUCUAACUAACGACGGUCCCAGUUAUCUCAAGCAUGGCGCAGAUAUACGCAAAUCGACCGGGUUCUGGGACCUUUACGAUUUCCAAUCUACAAGAUAACUAACGGCGAAGAUGACUACUAGUCUCACAUCCUCAUCCAUGGUGAUUAAAGAGGAUGAGUCUCACCUCCUCAUCUUCAGUGAUGGAUAUUUCUUUCAUCUUACUUCUUAGUCACGAAGUCACGUUCUUCUUCUAACAGCGCAAAUCCCGACAAGAUACGCCGGGAAGUCUGCAAGCUUGCUACCCUUGUUGAGAAUCCAGUCGCAGGUGAGGACUAUGCCUAUCUCGACAAAGGGGGUGGAGUGCAUGAGGUUGCUUAUAAUGAUACCUUUAAGGCAUAGGCAACAGUUUUCGAGUUUGAUCUUAGACUCCUUUGAGUGCUGCUUGCAAUGAUACAACCUUGAAAGCAACAGACAGUUCUUAAUGGAGUGAUUGAAGGCAGCAUGCUUGACUAUAAGUUACUUAGAAGCUAGCCAUAACUCGAGCUUCUAUGUGAUAGGGCUUCUUAUGUGAUCGAGUAAGGAGCGCAACAUGAAACCGGCACGUGGCGUUUUAUAUUGGAGUCCUGGACAUGGGUCAUGGGACCAGGACCACGGUGGCCGGUGUCACAUUAUUCUCUAACCACUGCGUUGAAGCGCUUGAGGCGUGCUGGUCUGAUGACGAAAUUGUGAAAGGUUUCGAUCUAAAACAUGACGUAGCUGCGUCACCGGUUCUGAUGCAUUCACAAUGUACUAUAUCAUAUUACUACAUGAUUUGAGUAUAUCGAAAAAUAACCGCUUUAUAAUUAUAUUUCCCUUAUUUUCAUCCUAACUUCUUAGUCCCUCCCGCCAAUAUAUUACUACCCGACUUGCUUCUAACUCAUAUUCUCAUCGAUUUAAGGUAUUACUAGCUUAAAAUGGUGGCCCAUUGGCACUAGGACCUAGGUAGAACGUGCUGGUUCAAGACAUUAAGACCGAUCACUCUCCUUGGUAGUAAACUUUACAAGCUAGAAUAAAUCUAAAACGAAUCUUACAUGAUGAUCCGAAGUUUAUGAUAAAGAUUGAGAUGGCCACCCUUUCUUCAGUUGUUCAAUACAGCUUAAGAUGAUUAAGAUACUUCUAAGUGAACAAUUAUCUAGUACGUCGUUGUACCACUUAUCUAGAUCUUACUAAUAGCCGGCUACUAGAACUUGUAUAUAAGUAAUAUCUAUGUAAGUAGUUUCCAGUAGCCGUAUAUUCUUAGUAAUAUCUAUGUAUUAAUAUAUCUAGUAAUACUAAUAACCUAACCUAACCUUAGUAAUUUGUACCACGACUAUAGCCGUCGCUGUACAGCUUAAUAAGAUGAUUUGAACAAUUAUACAUAGUUGUACCACUAAUAUAGUGAGCCGUCGCGAAGUACGCCGUCUGACAGUUUAAGAUGAUUAAGAUAGUUCUUCUUCUUGGGGUUGUAGUACCAAUGCUACAUUAACCUCCAGGUAAAAUGAGAUACUUCUAGAAGGGUUGUAGUACCAAUGCUACAUCAACCUCCAGGUAAAAUGAGACAUAUGGGACUACACGACGCUUGUGCUGCGAAACUGUUUCAUCCUAACGGAGGGUUUCUUCACGAAUUGCCAGGAUAUAAGCAAAAAAAAGCAGAUGGCUCGUUUGCCGCAAGCGGACUGAAGUGGAGCUCCUAUGCGUUGCUGACCCACAUUUAUGACCUGACGAGUGCGUACGUAGUAGUUGUAACAACACAGACGAAGAGCCCAAGCAUUGUUUUUGGCUCCUCAGCAGCCAUUCAUGUCUGCCAGUUUUCCUCGUAUGCCCACACCUAACCUAACACAAGGAGCCUGGUAUGCCCACACCUAACCUAACGCAAGGAGAAGACUGUGAGGUGGAUCAACGUCUAAGAAUUGCAACUAACUUGUGAAGCAAUGGAGAUGCCAACGACUUCGACGUGCAAGUAUGACGUCUCUACCAAUGCGACGAAGACGGUUACAGUUAUGGCUUUUUAUCAAAUUGGCUCAGUGGGUACUAGAGGUAAAUUUGAGUGGACUUCAUCGUGUGCAACAUAAGAUAAUUCGUAUUCGGACAGUUGAUUGGAGGACUCCACACGAUGGAAGUGGUAGUCGUGACUACAAACGAGACGUGACCACUACGAACAUGCAUGAUGAUACGGUACCGUGACCACUCUACAUACUAGUUGUGACUACAAACGAGCAUGAUGUAGAAUGAGAAUGGCUGCAAAAUGGACAAAAAAAAACCUGGCUUCUUCUAAUCCUGUAGCAGAUACCGGCGAGAUUGCCUACCAAGCGGCGUCGGGCACAAGUUGCACCUCAGACGACAGACAACAUGACGCGGCGCAGUGCACUGGGGACAGCAGCAAUUGCGCGUUUGGUAUAAGUUCUGCUUAAUUACUAUCUAGGGAACACACACCACCGUCAUUGUCACCAAUACCGUUGUGAUUAUCAUACAUUUUGUACUCAUUGGGCGCAGUAGAGAGUGUCGUCAAAAUCUCACGAUGAAUGAAUCAAGAAGCCUGAUUAUGAUUUUUAACUUUGCUGCGACUAACUCACACUACAACCUAGGUCAAGAGGAGAAGCUUCACGAUGUAUGCGUACGGGCUUCCUGUAUCAGCACUCCAAGUGCACCACAGUCUCAUCUAGUGAACUGCGCCAAGGUGGAUAAGGGGUGCUACGAUGCCUGCCUUAAUGCUUUCAACUCGUGCAGAGAAACUCCAGGGACACUUGCCGAAGCUGCCUACUCUACAGUAACGUCGUUUUACGGGACCGUGGACUGCGCAACACCGCUGCCUUUCAACGACAGUGCGAGUGCGCCCUUUACCACUUACAGAAAGUGCUUCGAGGAAAAGUGGUUGAAAUUGAAUACCUGCGAUAGAGCCUUAUGAUGAAGUGAAAAUGUUAAUGUAAAUGAUGAAGUGAAACAAGCAAGAAAUGCUGUAGACUUUUGAGUCAAGCAAUGAGUGCUGGAUUUGAGUCAAGCAAUGAAUUUCAAAUUUGAGAACCAAGCAAUCAAAGUAAGAGUAUUGUACAUAAAUUCAACGAAUCAUUAUGUUUGUGUCUUCUAACACCCGUGGACACCUUUAGUCGGGAAAGUAGAGCAGUCACAGACCUCAUCGAGCGUAGUACGUUCGACAGUAUGUGUGCGGGCAAUGAACCAAACGCGGGCGCUGCUAAGAUUACGGCAAGAUGCCGACGGUAGCCAAUUUAGUAGUUUGUUGUCCAUAUCCAUUUCCAUUAUAUCAACAUACGUAGGAUCAAGCUCUUCUCCAUUCCUAGAAUCCUGUGGAGGGAGCGAACGUACAUUUCACAUUAUCUUCCUUCUAAUGGCGAGUGGACACGUAAUAGCUUUUGUCAGGCGAAAAGCAAAACGGGAGACUGUGCAACAAAAUGCGAGACUUUCAUGGAAAAAUGCUAUUCCAUGUCUGCGGCGGACAACACAUUAUGAAGAAGAUCUAGAAGAUCAAUGAUUUUUGUAUGGAUUGUUUUUACUACAACUGGCCAUCAUCGUUCUACUCAGGAGCCGUCGACUAAUAUGCCCGUGGGGCUUGGGCUCUAGCUUUUCUACGGCCAGGGUGGAGCGCAUGGAUGAGCGAACUACUACAACUUACUCCUAGGUGCUCAGGCAGGAACUGCGACAGGGACACAUGACAUGACAACUUACUCAGCGGAGAUUUCAUUAUUUGUAGCUGCAGGCAGCUAGACACUUUUUUUAGAACGGAGGACCACUUUUUUUUUUGAGUUUCCACUCUCUAACCUCCGUGAUUUGGGCGGAGCAUAGCUUGAAUUAUUUUCCAGGUGUUUGUGCCAGCGCACGCGAUGAAUAUUCUUAUGAGUAGCAGUCUGAAAUAAUGAAAUUGAAAAUUGCAACCAGAAAAAGUGGGACGAAAUUUUGUCUGUAAGAUUUUGACUUAAAUGAAACUAACUUAACGACGGCGUAGGCGUUUUUUGUUUUCCACCUACCUCCAGAUCUGAAGGACAACAUCUUUGGCAGACUUGACUUCCACCAAGGUGGAACAGAAUAAUAGAGUAUAAUUGAAAAGUACAGAUGAAGAGGAACAAGCUGUCCAUCUGCUGUACUUUUCAGUAGAAGUAGAUGGAAAAAAACCAAAACAACUCCCCUCAAAUAUACAAAUCCCCUCAAAUAAACAACUCCCCUCAAAACAACUUUGGCUAUCCCUUCUUUUCUAUAACAGAAUGGAUGGCAGUGAUUGCGCAAACGCAAAGAAGGCUUGGACUGACUCGUGCGACGUGGGUGCUCAGCCUACCCCGGGAACCCAUGACGUCGACUUCAUGGCACAUUCCUGCACUCGAUAUGAGCGUACUACUCUGUCUACUUCUGUCUUUUAUUUUUGAAGUAAAGAAGAUCCAUAUUCAAUCCAAGAAAUCCAGAACGAUAGACUUACUACUUACACUUAGUUUUGAAGUAAGAACUCCGAAGUCGUCAGGGAAAUCUGAGGCAGUUUGCCGAAUAGAUUCACACCAUCGAGUACUCAGAACUAUACGCAGAGAGACCGGCAACGUCAAGCUUCUCAAAAAUGGCAAUCGUUGCUCAGAUGCAAAGGAUUGGUGCGAAAGAAUGCUGGGCGCUGGUUUCCUUACCGAUCCUUCUGGAAGAGAAAAGCAACGAGGGUGUUUGCUUCGCUGUCAAAACGUUGCUCAGAGGUGCUUCGCACCAGUCAACACGAGUAGCAGUGACAGUUCGCAAAUAACAAGUACUACUUUCUCGAUAGAAGAAUUUUCUUAAUUUCAUUGUUAGGUCAACAAUGUUAGAGACAAGUAAAACUACAUAGAACGAGAACUGCAGAAGUUCAGAGAUAGUAGCUUUCCAUUUGAAUUCUUCACUUCUCUACUAAAACUUCGAAUCUGCACAAGAUACAAAGAAUAUUUUCAUUUUUUAAGAGAAGACUCGUUCGUUUCUUGAAUUCUAAGGCCAGAGGGAAUGUUGAUUUACAUUUGACAACUCUACUUUUUAGUCUAUCUAACGUCACACGUCACGUGGUCUUACUCUGUUGAACAACAUCAGUUGCGCCUCCAGUUGUGGACGUGGAAGCGACUGUGAAACUGUCGGCAAAUGACGACGAGUGCAGGAACUUGUGGGCGUCGUUGUCGUCAGAGUGCUCGAGUGGAUGGAAAAAGGGCCACAACGUUAAGGUUGUCCCUGAUCCAUCUCUACUAUAGGAACGAUCCCUCAAGAACAGUACGCACACCAAUAAUUAAGAGUAGGUUAAAGGUGCUUUUCUUACCGCUUUUUAUGCCUCUCCUAAGGGAGAAAGGCAUAAAAAGCGGGGUAAGCGAGCACCAAAAACCUACCUCUAAAAUAAGGGGUAUAUAGGGGAAUAUUCUUGAGGCAUUAAAACUGUUGAGAGAUCUACUCCACAGGGAUGAAUUGGGAAGAGGUCUAAGAACGUAGUCCAGAUAUCCAGCAUGAAGGAGAUCUUUCAUAAGCGGUUUCAAGCUGCCAAUGGCAUUACACACAAGCCAGAUGACCUUCGUAAGGAGGUGUGUAAAUUAUGGAUUUCGAUGAAUUCGUUGUUUUAAAAUGUAGUAAAGAAGCGCAUUAGUCUAUUUAGGUAGUACUUCGAAGAUGAAGGAGAUGAAGCACGAAGUUGUCUUAGAAUUUUCGUGGUCCUAUCUACGUGCCGCAAAAAGCGGCUUCUGGGAUCCUAGAUUGACGUACUACCAGCAUGAUGAAUCGUUUUGCACGUUCCUCCUGAAAGUUCUCAAGAACAAUCAGACGCAGUAAUUCUUGACCUCUAAGAAAUCUGGCAACGAUGGUCGAGGAAAGCGUGCCUGGUCAUUAUGUUGAGGAAGGUCCUGGCAGUACAGUGAUGUCUUGUUGAUCAUGCACUGGUUUUCUCCUAGAAGUCACAUCACUUGCAGUAGUACCAGAGUGUCGUGUUGAAGGACCUCAACUAGAAAUUGACACUCUUCUCCAGCAGACGUAGUUAUUAACUGUACAUUGUGUAGCACAACGUGUUCAUACUUAAAGUAAAUGCUAACCUAACAUUGCCUGCAUUUCUCGGCUCUUAUCUCUUGCUUACCAGUUAGUAGCUGCAUAAUGAGCAUCACCAUCAUCGUCAUCAUCACGCGGUAAGAGGAUUCUCUGUAUUAGAGGAGUCCUCUUACAAACUUGAAAAAAAAAUAAAAAACGGUAAGAGGACUCCUCUAAUACAGAGAGUUUGCGUAUUGCCAAAACGAGCAUAAUGAGACUGAGCCGUGCCACGAGAAUGUCUGUCCAAAGAUGCUGAAGGAAUGCUGGGAAGAUAAUCAAUUUCUUUAAGAUGUUGAAAGUACUAUGACUAUCACUUUUACUUGAGCACUUGUUCUUCCUAGGUAGUGCAGCUGGGGAGAAGAUUUGAAGAAUUAUCUUAGACGAUUUAAAAGAAUUAGUUGUACUUAGGUCUGAGAAGCAGUGCUUCUAAGUACAACUGUGUCCCCUUAGUUGUACUUACAACUUCAAAGAAGUACGUGACUUCAAAGAAGUACGUGACUUCAAAGAAGUAUCUCCUCUAAUUCUUGCAGGCAUUCGAUCUUUCGCCAGCAGGGGCGCCAGUCAUACUGCACGACGAAUGUACUACUUAAACCGAGAUGAUAAAAAAGAGGCAAUUAUACUAGUGUCUGUCCUCCUCAUAUUAGGUAGAUAGGACGAUGAAGAACAAGAACUACUAGGUAGUACGUAAAGAGAUGAAUGAAGUCAAUACUAGUGUCUGUGCUCCUAAGAAGGAACUAGAAAAGCGAUGAAGAAUUAAAACUACUGCGUACAACUCUCUAUUAGGGCACGCCAUGUUCUUCAUGCAGUGCUGCUUAAGUAGUAAAAGCCAUAACCCAUAGGCAAUGAACUACUACAUCUAGUACCUGUUUUGGUUUUCCUGAUUUUCUUGCUCCUAAAAAAAGGCAUAACUAGAAGACCAACCAAUCAACAACCGAAGCUACCCGUUCAGGUCACGCCAUGUUUGCUGGGGAUAUGUGUCAUUCGAAGCUGGAGGCUUUUCUUUCGACAGCUUGGAAGAUUAAGGCCGCACAAUAGGAUUCAACCAAAGUGCACUUUCCCUUUUACAGAAAAUAGAUAUGACUCCUAAAUCAAAAUGCACUCCCAACUGUCAGACCACGCUACGGCCAUCAUGAACGAUGGCAACAGGGACAACAGCAUGCAUUUCAAGAGAAAUUCUAGUACAGGCACUCUCUUCUGUCCUAUCUUAUCCUCUUAUAUCCGUAUCCACUUCUCGCUAUCCUAUGUUAUCUUGUCCUAUCGCUAUCCACUUCCUAAUUCUAAAUUUUAUUCUGUUUGAUCCUACCCUAUUCUACUCAUUCUCCCAUGCUACGUACCUUAUAUCAUCUGCUUCCACGCUAAGAAAAGAAAGGAGGCUGACGGGCAACUGGUAGGAGCAACGCUACAGCAUCAAGCAGAAGCAUUGGUACAGCAAAUCCAGUCAAGGUGUGAUGAGGGCAUCACGAAACGUACUUUUUAUACUUGGAUUGAUAUUUAUGACAGUAGUAGGUUCUGACAAUGGAUGCCGUUUUUUUCCUCUGUUAGAUUGAUGGAAUGUGGAUAGUUGAAUCGUUGCAAUGAUUGAAUUACAGUCCCCUAGUAACAAAAUUACUGACGCUAGAACCUUCUACCUUGUGCUGCAACAACAGCAGAAUCAAUAGCAGUAACUUCCAGAAUGAAUCAGUCAUAAACAUAAUCAUGCAAUCACUCCUCUACCUGUUCUUCAGCUGUUGAUGAUCUAACGAGCAUCGUGUGUAACGCGGGAUUCAAUGUCGCGGGUCACGGUGGUUGCCAAACCGCGUGCACAUCGUUCUUCGACAAGUGUUUUGGAUACAAGACCGGAGUGAAAGUUAAGAGUGCUAGAAGAAAUGUUGGACCAUAUGGUUGCUACUAGUUGUUUAUACUUUUGCCUGCAUGGAAGAAGGCCUGUGCUUCCCCUACUAGUGGUUGAUGGUUGUAAAGAAGGUUCUUGUGUCCAUUUAAAUUUGCUCAGCGGAAGGAGCUUGGUGCGCUUAGGUAGUUGAGUUGGAUCGUUAAUAGUUUUUCUUCUUCUUCUUCUUCUACAUCUAAUACAACCUUCGAUGGCACUAUAGAGGAGCUGAAAAAAGAGGAAUGUGCGGCGUCAAUCGAAUGCCAGCAAGCCAGGGAUCAGUGGAGCAACACUGCUUGUCCCGAAGCGAACUUGCCUCCGGUGAUGCAGGAACUUCGAGAAAAGUUCACAAGUUGUGAAGGUAUUGAGCUUGAUAUUCUUAGAGUCACACACUAAGGUAGAAGUUUCUUCAUCAAUACUUAUUAAUUUAUUAAGGUGUACAAGAAAGUUCUUAUAAUUGCUUGUUGAGAAGUUAUGCUUCGUAAAGAAGGUCUUAGGCUUCUUUCGGACUUUUUUCCAUGAUGCUGUCGGUCAUAGACGCUCAUCAACAUCUGAAUCCUCACACUCAGGUAACCUGACCCACGGACAACUGAUGAAGCAGACAACUACUGACUCCGACAUUCGACUGAAGUUAGGGAUUUUUCAUUAAUAUACCAGAAGAUGUGACUGCUCUCCUAAUUGGUCGGCUCUACCAAUAUUAUAUCAGAAUAUGUAAGAGACCUAUCAUCUGAGUCAGGCGCCAUGUCUUUUUUAGUAAGUAGAUAAAAUCAGGGGAAUCGAUCCGAAGAAUUUGAGGUUCCACCUUCCGUUAGGACCGACUGAAUUGCACUCACGAGGACAUCAACAACACUUGCCUCUAAUCACAGUCGAGGCGAUCGGUGGAGUUAUCACCGUUACGCACACGCCAGCAGGUGCACCGAAGAAAGCGGCUUCAGUCCUUAAGGCUUUUGUUUCGCUGAACGCUAGACAAUUUUCGUCUCUUUUUGCGCUAAACAAUUUUGUUUUAGUGAAAAUCACAUUUUUAUUGAGCUCCACUGACACUACGGAAAGGAAUAGAAAUAUAACCAAAUAACUUGUUGAAGAAGCUGCUCUUCGUCUGCUUCUUCUAAUCUCUGGCUGAAGCAUUUCCACGAGGUAAACGGGGAGAUGCAGAUUAUUGGUCUUAACUUUGCCGAUCCGGACGAACGACAUAGUGUUACCUCCUUCGAACCAGCUCUCUUCGACAUAGAUGCUGUUGACGACCAUGGAGUCAAUCUGGCUGAGCUCUAUGAACAUACUGAACCUCUCUGCUCUUCACAUGUGGAGAGUUGUAGUCAACACGAGUCGCGAUUAAGUCUUAAUCGAACCGCGACGAAAAACCCUAAUCGACGAAGCUCAAUACUCUAGUACUUUUUACUGUUCUCUUACAUGCCGAAACCUAAGGCCACUGAACAAGAAGUCCGAAAUUUAUCAUCAUCAGCCGCAUUCUACUCAUCAUCAUAUCCUGCCUCAUCAUAGCCUCCGUGUCGGUUCUUCUAACUUCUGGGCCUUGGGAAUGGAACAGUAAAAGCCGAUAUGGUCAGUGCGGUUAGGAUGGUCGGGUCGCCCACAAACGCAGUGGGAGAAAUUGGCAUUCACGUGUUGAAGCUGCGACAGGCAGCAGAAAUCUUCAUGGGAAACCGAGCUAUUCUACACUGUAAAGCCGGAGACCUCGUUGUUCAAGCCAAAGUCAGUGGAGAAUGGAAUUAAGACAGAGGACUCAGACUGUACUCUUGGUUUUGACUAGAAUAGAAUAUACGGAUCCUACUUAGCUUGGCCAAUACUAAUAAUUCUGUACCUAUAUACCUUUUACCUACUAUCCUUCCUUUUUCUUUUCCUAGUUAGCUUGGCUCCACCCGUAAUAUUGAAGGGGAAGAAGUAGAGACUGAAAUCUGAUUCUUCUAAGAGCUACUGUAAAUGAAAGCUACGACGAAAACAGAUGAUGUGGAUGGGAUAUAUGUAAAUUUGCUCUAGACAACAACUGCCACCGUGCAAGUUAGUAGCCAGACGGUACGGAGUACUAUCCUUCGAAGUUGUACUAGACACUCGUUACAGGACUUUGAUGUAGAAGAUGAACAAGAGUCGACGCGCAACUCUCUACACAAACCUCGCGCGAGGCACAUUAACUCACUCACUCAAUCUUCACUCACUCGCUCACAGCUUCGCCUCUAAUAAAAAGUUUGUUCUGGCACAACAGUGUGUCCAGUAUCAAUGGGAGGAAGCGAAGGCGCACAGGAAUUAUUUGCGAACGGGGAACUCCAACUAGAACUGAUAGGAAUGGGGUCAAGGACACAAUUCCACCAUUAAGGCUCCAUACAAUUCAUUUCUACAGGACUUAAAUAAAUUUUUCCCUAUUUCGCGAAGCGAGUAGCAGUUUUCCUUCUCUAUCAUUUUUCUCUUCUCUCUCUUCCAUGCAGGCAAGAAAUGAACUAUGUUUUGAGCUCUAACAACAGGCGACGAACUUGUUACCGCAUACCGGCGCUGCACAAGCACAGGUGUCCAAGUACCCGGAAGGCGCAGACACAGGAGUGCACUUUUACUUAAGGCUAACGCUGAAGCUGAUUCUUGAUCUCCAUACCAGGGGUCCGUAUAUAUAAUACUAGGGAUCCCACCCUAUAUUAUCAUACUAGGGGUCCCUAUAAUACGGUAUAGCAUACGCAUAUAUUUUUAUAUGUACAAGCGAUAGUCCAGCGGGGCUCAAAGCACUAAAAUAAAGCAACCGCCGAGUUUUUGCCUCCAUCACGUAGAUGCAUCCCUUCAAGCAAUAUAAAUAUGCACAAGCGAUAGCCCUUCUGUCGCGCCAGCUCUGGGAAUGUGUAAAAAAUUCUUGAGUAGACAAACAUGAUGAUGGGAGUUAAAAAAGUGGCUAUGUUGAUAGAUAGGCGCUUUUAAGCCAAAAAACAUCUGAAAAGUGAUUAAGUUAACCUCCUCCCAUAGCAGGACUUUAUGGCCUUUCCCUCUUAAUAUAGUCAGAGGCUGUGCUGCAAUUCUUGAUUGGCUUUUGUCCGUAAAACGGCGAAGGUUUAGGUCCAGCGACGCUCAAAGCACUUAAAUAAGAAGCCGGCUCGUUUUCCUCUUUCUACUUUUAGGCUAUCCCUUCAUGCAAUAGGUGUGCAAGGGAAUGAAAAGCCACUUAAAUAGUACUGCACAGGGAUGAAGAAAAGCAACAGAUACUUUAUCCGCAUCAUGCUAGUGAGUGAAUUAGUACCUCUAAUUUCCGCUCCAGACAUGCGGAUAAUGGGCAAGACCGAGGAUGCGACACACGUGGAACUACAAGGACCGCGAAAUUUUGGUGAUGACCACCUGCCGCCUACAAUUAAGGCUAGCUCUUUAUUUGUUCAUAAUUACUGAUCGUAAUUUAGGCUGUUCCUUGUUUACUCGUUCAUUCCUGCUCGUGGGAUCAUCUUCUCGGCACUUUUUUUACGCUUGUUACCAGAUACCAGUUACUACGCUUGACAGACACCAUACCCAUACGGCGUGAUUGUCUCGUAAGGGGAACUAUUCCCUGUAGAAAAGUCAAGGAAGGGGAUCGAUCCUAAAGAGAGAUGAAGCAGAACAAAAGGUCAGUAGGUCACUCACAAAUCACGGAUAGAAGACUUCAUUUGAGGUACCACGAUUAACGAUCUCUAAUGACAUAACCGCCAUAAUGCAUCCUCGUGGUGCUGCAAAAGAAAGAGCAAAGCCGUUUGCAGUUAAGGCUACCGCGUGUGCAUCCCCGGCAUCUUCCUCGGUUCGUUUUCUCCUUGAAAAAGAAGCGAGCCAAGGAUGCGCACAGGGAUGCGAACCCGGCAGCUCCAAUGUAGGGGCAGAAUUACGCGCCGUGUUUCGAUUUACCGGCACCUCAGCUGGCGACGAUCCACUUGCAGCCUCCGUGGAACCAAUGUUAAGGCUCCUACCGCUAGAGCAUGUUCUUAACACUCGUAUUAUCCUUGGUUCUUCUUUUUCUACUCGGAAAAGGACCACAAAGGAUACGACACUCAAGGAAGAUGCUAAAGCGGUAGCUCUAACACUGGAGAAGAUUCCGGGCGCCUUCAUUUACGGCUUCCCCUAAUCCAUCUUCGGAAGCAUCCUGAGGCUGUCCAUAAGGGGAGAAAAGCAUCAGGAUGCGUCUCAAGAUCGAUAAGGGCGAGCUCUAAUUCGUACUGGCUUUCAACAGGAGCGGCGUGCCUGAUCUCGCGGCUGUAGAUAAGGCUUGAUUGAUAACAACUCGUCAUCUCAUGAGUCAGGUAUUUAGAUUUAUACUAUAAGUGCUAGAACAAGCUCUAAUAGACAGGGCGUUGUAACUGGCGCUGGUCUGUCGGCGAUGCUUUUUUUAAGGCUACAAGAAAUCCAGCUUCCCCACCAGCAUCUUGGUCCUCCCGUUUUCUUUAAAAAGGGACGAAAACGGGAACUAAGAUGAGUCCGAGGCUGGAUGUCUCUUAGUUCUAAUUUUUGCGCACGCUAUUUCGAACUGCAUUGCCGGAGGCUUGUUCGCAGCGACGGGGAGUAUAGCAGACGUAAACUUAGACGACGUAGUGAAUGCUACGCCAGGCAGUUCAUUCCUGACAAAAUUAAGGGUUCUUGUAAGUUUGCCUCUUUAUGAGAAUAAAUCUAUGGCAGAUUAGACAGGAUACCAGAAGCAUUAGCGCGUUGAGCGUACUUGGAUAAAAAACUCAGACAGAAUCGUGCUCCACAUGAUACCCGUCUAAGAUCUAUAGCACCUUUUCCGAACAAAAUAAAAAUCGAGGCCCUUGGUCUAAAACUGAUCAAGUAGGAGUCGCGUCCUGGACGGUGGACUAGAGUCAGUGGGAGCACCUACCCCCCCACGUGUUCUCCACCUCGGACCUGGGGGGUGGGACGCCAAGGGCUGUAGCAUCUCUAGAUAGACCUAGCUAAUUUUAUAUUUUACUCUGUUCCACCUACUCGGCUUUUGCUUUUGAGUUGCUCUACGAGUGUUGAGGGAAUCAUGUUUGUUCCCUCUCGACCCGUUUGAGCUCAACUACCAGAAAAUCAGGGACAUCGGCGGACAUCUCGCUUACUUACAUCAAGUAGGAGUAGGACUAGGAGCGUCUGUCAUAGAUUUAGAUACUUAUGCGAGAUCGAUCGGGCAACUUGCAACCCCUAACAAGAGGUUCCUCAUCUUCCUCCUCCUCUUCUGUGCUUCUGCGUCGCGGUACAAAAAACGAGACUGCGCGCGAAUCACGAGGACAAGAGGCCUCCGAAUUCAAAGUGUUGUUAUGACAAGUUCGCUGCCAGAACAAUUCUUUCUGAUUCUGUACUUUGUGAUUCUGUACUUUCUGAUUUGAAAAAACUUUUAUGCACACACUGCGACCUCAGCCUCACAGUCAGGUCCUUACUUUUUCUGCUUUGAAGAAAGAAUGGAAAGGUCAUACGUAGUCCUUCUAACUUUCAUCUCGUACAACUUGACAGUCGAUACUACGAACAAAGCGGUAGCAACGAAAGGCGUGUUGCCAGCUCCGGGAGACGCCGACUUACGUUCUCAAACUAAUUUGCUCUCGAUUCAGAUACUCGAAAAACUGAAGUAACCGAGUUACUGACUGAAAUAAGGGGCGUAGCUUAACGUCAAGGCUACUCUUCCUUCUCAUCAGUCUCUCGGUUAUUCUGUUCAGUUACUUGCUUAUUCCAGUUUUUCGAAUAAGUACGUAAGUGAUGGAUAACAGAACAUCAUGGAUGAUAGAUCAAAUGGAGCAGAAGAUAGGAAUAGGAUGCUUCGUUCUUUGUCGUGUUUGACGACCUGAGAAUUUCUCUCCACAGACACGGUAGCAGCUUUCAUGUCUCUUAGUGACAAAGCGUGCCUAUUUCGCUGGCGAACACUUGAUACCUCUGUUUCGCCAAGUGCUCAGUGGUUACAAAGUUACGGGUUGGCUCCUGUUGUAAGUAUGUGAAUGAAUGAAAGAGCAGAUUGAGAUUGUCUAGGUGAAUGAAGAAUGUCGUUGAUGGACAACUCUGCCCAAUUAAUAAAUCAAUGUUGUACAUCAACAACUGGUAGUUGUAGUUCUACUCUAGUUUUCCUCUGCGACUUUUGUGCCUUAAUUUGAUUUUAUUCCUCUAACAAAAGCGGAGAGGACAAGAUAGAAGCCAAAGACAAGACGUUCAUAGACAGCGUGACUAGUGUGGUGGCCUUUGACGGCGGCGCUCCUCCUCCAGCGCCAGGGGGAGACGAGCCGAUAGCAGAGGCGGCACCGAUAGCAGAGGCGCAACCGAUAACAGAGCCGCCGGUGAUAACAGAGGCACCAGGGGGAGUUAAGGCUCAUGAUAAUGACUCAUUUGCAUAAUUGUUGUAAGGUGUUUCUCUUUCUACAUCACAGGUUGAGCAAAUGUUGUAAGUUGUUUCUACAUCUUCACAGGUUGAACAAAUGUUGUAAGGUGUUUCUACAUCUUCACAGGUUGAACAAAUGUUGUAAGGUGUUUCUACAUCUUCACAGGUUGAACAAAUGUUGUAAGGUGUUUCUACAUCUUCACAGGUUGAACAAAUGUUGUAAGCAUCUUGUGAGCUCUAAGGAAGGGUCUGGAUCCGUUGCGCCGACGGAUGAAGAUGAGGUAUGGUGAGAGUACUUAGCAUGUUGAUACGACAUGAUCAUGAUCUUCGAUCUUUACAAGAAGCGAUACAACUUCUAAAACUUGUCUCUCUCUUUCUCGUAAUCUUCAAUUUAUUUUACACGAAAACGAAGAGUUACUACUACCUCGUCCGUAUGAUCUAUUGUUUGAUGUGAUUAAUUUGCUAUGAUUUUUUUUCCCGUCUGAUAGAUGGUAGGUACCAAUCUAUCACGGCAUUGGAACAGUAUCAUAGACGAACAAAAAGAAAUAAAAUAUUUUUAAGUUAGAUAACCAACUGGACAACUCGGAGAUCUCUUUGUUACUCUAUACUCUAUAGUUAGAAGAUUGAUAAGCAAUCUGGUGUAGCAAGUCCUCUUCUAACAUCUACCACCGAGACGACAGAGACGACAGCAGGCGCGGAAGUAGCAGAGAUACCCGCGCAAGUGAACCUUGGAUUAGCGAUGUCAGAGGAGGAGGCAACGACUAUCAAGGACACACCAGCCUUCACAGGCAUCAUGGAGACAGCCAUCAAAAAGUCACUACCGAAGAACGACUUAUACCAAGAGGGUUCCGAAUGGCCUCGUGUGAAGAUAGACUCCAUCGAAGUCUUAUCAGCCGUCAGCUCCAGCUUUUUGAAAGAAAGUAGAGGAGAUUCUCCAGAACGCAGGAGAAGUGGUGCAGGAACAGGAGUAGCAUCAUCUUCUGAUGUAGUUAUGCCGGUGGAAAUAGAAGUACAGCUUAAGAAAUUUUUCGACGAGAAAAGUACAAUUACCACGUCUAAAGCUAAAGGUGGUUUACUAAGUAGUAGACCAUGCAUUCCAUCUACCUCGUAAACAAAGAACAAUUGCGGCAAUGCGAUUUUCCUCUUUUCUGCCCAAUCGUCUACCUUGCUUUUAAUCUUUCUCUAAGAGUCGCCGCGCAACUCGGACGACCAGGAGUUUGAGCGAACGAAAGCGUGCUAGCAAGCUCCUGACAAAAGUUGUGGAGCGUUCUUCUAGUGUGCAGUUUGCGGUGCAGUAUACAGUGUCUUUUCCAGCAGCCGACGCAACAUCCGUCGCUAAUGACAUUACGGCUGCAGUCUCCAGUGUUGGUGGCGGAGUUGCUGACACGCUGAGUGAUAAUGUGAAGUUAAGGCUUGUUUUUGCAUUCUGUUGUUUGAAGAUUCCGCUUUCUAGUUCUGCGAUCACCCCUCACCAAUCGAUAAGAAGUUAAGCCAUGUUCUUAUCCGUCUACUAAAUAGGUACUAACUCAUCUUUCAAAGCACACAAAGCAAAUUAGCCGGAUAAUUUCCCUCGGUGGUUCGGAGAUCGUUCGUAGUCUCUAUUCGCAAUAGAUGCCGACGCAUCUACUUUCUCUACGAUAAUGAUCCCUCAUUAAUCAUUCUUUCAUCUACAUCAUCUUUAUGCGAUCCCUCAUCAAUCGUAUAUUAAGCAGGUAGUUGUACUUGGUUACUUCGUGUUCAUGCUUAUAAGCGAUUUUUCCCUGUAAAGAUGGACUGUAAAGAUGGAGUUCAUAAUCUGUGAACUAUUCCUGCCUCUAAUGAAGGCAGCCACCGAGGAAGCAGUAGCGAACAACCGCGACUUAACAGACGAACAAAAGGCAGCUUUGUCGAAUCUUCCCACAUCGGUCGAAGAAGUAGUGCCAAUAGAGGUAACAACCACUCCGUUGCCUGAGGUGGAGAAGAGCGCAGACGAAGAAGCAGAGGGAGAUGAAUCAGGGGUAGAGGCUGCGGCAACAUCAUCCUCGUCUAGGGGUUUGAUUAUGGCUUUUUGAUAAUAUUUCGAAGAUGAAAGAGGACGGAAGUCAGAGGGAGAGAUCACUACAGACAUUUUCUGACAGCCGCGCUAAUUUGCUUGCGGGAAUAGUUCUCGCAGUUCUUGCCCUUGUCGGUAUUGGCGCUGCGGUUCUCGCAGGUCAAAAGCCACCGGCAGUCGAAGGGGAACCUGGAGCGGAGGGGGAAGUGGAAGCACCACUCCUUCAAGAAGCUCCGGCAGAGGGGCCGAUGGAAGGAGGAUUCCCACCAGGACAGCCAACCGAGGAGUUUGCACCAGAACAGCCAGCUGAGGAAGUUUCCUUAUGGCUAGUACCGUUCAAGCAUGUAGAAGUCCUGCUUUUUAGCGUAACAGAAGAAAGAUAGUCCUUGGAUGUACUAGCGUAAUAGAAGAUAGUCCUAAUUGGAUGAUGAUGUUCUUCUUUUUUUGUCUCCUGAGUAUCAUAAUGAUCCUUGGAUGAUGAGAAGACUUGAAGGUUCUUCUUUUUUUGUCUCCUGAGUAUCAUAAUGAGCCUUGGAUGAUGUUCUUCUUUUUCUUCUCCAGGACUGAAGACAAGGGGUUGUUACUACUACUAGUAGUUGAAAUAUAAUAUGGUAUAAUUUUUCUACUUGAAAAAUGAAAUUUCAAAACAAAACACCCAAGCAUAUGGAUAUGAGUCUCGCGAUGCUAGAUGCUAGCGCGAUGGCUCUAAUUUUGGCAGCUGAAGGCGAGCAACCCGCAGAAGGCCAAGAAGAUUAAGGCGACAAUGAAUAGCUACAAUAUUGAAUAUAUACUGUUUUUUUGUUUCCUAGUUAGGUGAACUCCACCGAUAAUAUAUACAUAUUUCCAACAGGCAUCUUGUUGCGCCCGUUGAUCCAGGGAAACCGGGCACCAAGAUGCUCGUCUUGCAAAUUGAUUUAUGGGGGUUCAGGUCUAAGAAAAGGGUUCAGCAGCGGAACAAGCAGAAGAGGCACCAGCCGAUCAAGCAGCAGAAGAGGGAUCCCAGCAAGAAGGUGCAGCAGAAGAACUGGGCUCAGCGCAAGGCGAAGAUUAUGCCCACUUUUCUUUCGUCUAAGUCUAAGUGCUAGCAGUAGUAGUAGUAGCAGUAGUAGCAGUAGCGUGCCCAUUGGCGGGGUAGAAGAGCCUAAUUAAUUCGCAUGUUGUUCCACUUCCACUUUUUUUUGCUAGUAUUCAUGUCAAAUCUGUGUCAUCAAAGCUACAUCCAUCUCAGUCCCAAGCGUUGUCACAACCCAAGCGAAGUUAGAAAAGAGAAAUCCUACAAAAACAAAAGUAGCAGUACUAACAGUAUAAAUAUGGCAUCUCUACUCCGUCUCUUUGUCUCUCGUCUAACAUCAGCAAGGAUCCCAGCAGCCUGAAGGAUCAGACGCAGGAGAGGGGUCAGAGGCACCGCCGUCAAGCAUGGCUGCUGGUAGCGAUGUGGAAGGAAGUGUGUCGGAGGGCAGUGAAGUGGAACAAUAAUGCGGUCUGAAAUAAAGAGAUAUUUUGAUUUGUAAUUGCAUCUUCAGUUCAAGUACCUAGGAAAAGAGAAAGAAAGACAAGAGGUUUUACGUUUUUUACAUUUGAGCACACGAUGGAUUUAAAUUUUACGUUAGUCUGUCUCCAAACUGUAACUAUGUAUUACGCAAACACACGACGUCAGAAGAUCAGUUGAACAGCGGUACAAUACGCGAACUCCGAUAUUGUAACGUGAGUGAGUGAAUGUUUAUGCACUACCUACUCUGACAGAAUGACGAUCCGAUAUUCGAAUAUUAUUGCCAAGCAAAUAGUCUCAGACAGAUGUUUGAUAUGGGGAUUCAGAUGUAACUAACUAACAGGCCUCCUUCAGGCUUCCACGGCAGUCAUUAAACGACUGCAACAGGAGCAAUCACGAUGCUGCAUUGUUUGUACACUAGGAAGAUCCAGGAUGUAGAAGAUCCAAAAGGAAGAGUAAAAGAGGAUCGAAGUGAAGCGUUUGAAUAAUGUCUAUUUCAUAGUUCGUUCUCACCAUCAAUAGUACUAGGCACUAGACAUCAUGACCUAAGCAUUGUGUAUAAGCUUUCGAUUUCUUGUCGAUUCUUCCUAGGGAGAGGGUUAUGUGGUCUUGGGAGGUUCGCUGCAAGUAGACCCCGAGCUACAUGAAGUAGAAGUAGAUUUUCAUUUUUUAGGAUUCGGUAGUCGAGGACAAUCAAAUUAAGUAACCUGACAAGAAAUGGUUCUGAAAGAUAUUCUUAUGGAGUACCAGUUCCAAGAAAUAGCGUUUAAUGAAAAUGAUAGGUAAUGCAUUACAUCUCGACCCGCGGCCCACAAGGUGAGGAAAGGGCCUCGUGUCAUCCCAUUACUAUCGAAGCUGCUGCGCUUCUGGGGUAAUUUUUAAUAUAUGAGCACGGCUUGCAGUUGCAAGAAUUAGGGGCUUCGGGCUGUAGGAGGGGUCGAAGUGGCAGUCAGAAGUAGUCAACAGAAUAAAGGGCUUCUGACGUCACAUCCGAAAAAAAAUGUCAGGUGCCCUCUUCUAAUCUAAGUACUCUAAUUUAGCGCACUAUUCGUGUAAUUAUUACUGAUUAUUUGACAUAUUUUUGUAGAGCACAAAAUCAAAAAGACAAAAUACUUUCUUGUUCUAAAGCUAGCGCACUACUACCAGACAAUCUUGUUCAUCCGGUGUUCUUGCACAGUUUGUUAUCUUUGUUGAGUCUUUUUUGUUGUCUAACCUGUUACAACUUCUUGCGGACAGAAGCCAACAUCACACUUACAACGUCAGUUACUCAACCAAAUAAAAUGGAAAAAGAAAAAAUCAUGCGUUACCAGAAGCUUAUCCUGCCCCGUCGUUAGCAGUAUGUUUUUUAAUCAUGAACAAGAUUCAUUCACUCCUAAGAUUUUCUUGUAGUUCGUUGAUGUUGAUGCAUUCAUUAUGAUAUCAUGAUUGUCAGUUUCGUUCGAGAUUGGGUGUGCAUCAUUUCUCUGUGUACAGUUGUCAUAGUUCCUACUAUUAUGUCGUGAUAGAUAGACUGAUUCGUUCUCAACAUCGAAAAGCAAGAACAUCAAAAGGCCGAUGAUUGAAAAUGCUUCGUCCAGAUAAAAUGGGAGACAUUCUGAGUUGACGCAGCGUUGACGAUGGCGAAGACGAUGAUUAUUGUAUCAGCAGGAAGCUAGCGACGCCUAUUAUCAACAAUGUGCUCCAUUUGUCUGAGCAGGGACAUUCGAGCUCAUGGACGAGACCGAG